AUGCAUGCCUCUAAAAGUGGAGUGCGUUCACCCGCAGCCAGCCCGGGAGAUUCGAGAAACGAGAACACAUCAAAGGCAUACAAGAUCCUCGGCGCAACAGAUGCCUCCGUUCACGAGACUCAUCCCAAGCGUGACGACAAAAGACGCUCGAGACGACCAAGCUUCAUGAGGGCUCCGGAGAUCAAAUCGCAGAAGAGUGGUGGUUUUGUUCCCUUCCCGACUGCUGCUCCAGAGACCAAUAUCCCCCCACAACACCUUCGUGUUCGGGCAUCAUCACCUCUACUGGGCCAUGAAUUUCGCCCAGAUGAUGCUUCUGGACAUCCUAUGCCAGCAUCGACCAAGAAAGUUCAUCAAUCAGGUUCAGCCUCCGCCCUAUUCUCCUACUUCAGUUCACGGGAUUCGUCGGCCAAUGCAAUUUCUGGCAUUGGAGUUGCGACAUCCGACUUCGGACCUGCAGUUGAUAGUAAAUCAGAGUCACAACAUAGCGCCGAGUCUGGUUCCAGCCUCAGGCAACCGAAAGGCUCCAUGAAAGACUCAAAGCGUAAAAUGCGCCCACCUAGGAUCGAUCUCUCUCUACUGUUUCCAAAGCCUAAGGCAACCGCUGAGCCACUGUUGUCGCCGCAGCGCUUGGUGGCCUCUCCCUCUGCUAUCUCCAUAGUUUCUGAGCAUCCGGUCACCAAGACAAAGAACGUCGAGAACCAUGCAGCUGUUACUAGACUCACAAAGACGCCACCUCACUUGGUGAAGACCACCGACCAAGCCUACAGUGAUCGGGCUCCUGAGACAUCAUCCUACGAGACUAAAACUUCGAAUUGGCUUGAUCCGUCCUUGGAGAGGACUGUGCGGGCCAGUGAGAUGGACUUGGCUCUGCAGAAACUGCAGCAAGAUUCUCGGCGCAAUCCUAAGGGUCGCUCUAAUCGCUCACAUUCGCGAUCCCAAGGCCAAGAGAAACGGCGAACCAGUGAUUCUCGCGCCCCGGAGGAUAACUUGUGGAAGGUUACCUCAAAUAGUUCCGGCAGUGAGUGGAGCAAGGAGACCUAUUUAUCUCCAAAAGCUCGCCCUCGCCAAAGCUCACAUCGCGCUUCGAGUCACUCCGACCCUAGGAGACCGAACUUGCAUGCGUCUGCUGCAUUGGAGAAGUGCUCGGUGCCAAAAAAGAGUAGUCGAACUACACUGAAGACUGCGGACUUGAAUAGCUCCAGCGUGCUUUGCCUCUCCUCUUCGGAGGAUGAAGAUGAUGACGAAGACCUCAACAGCGAUCGACUAAACAGAGAUCGAAAUGCUAGGGACAGCGUUGCAACCUACGGCGAAUUUGAAGCAGAGAUAUGUACAGCAUCGGCGGCACAAGCGACAAAGGGCACAUUACGGAGCAUUGAUCAGCCAACGUCUGUCACUAGCCGUGGAUCGCGCUCAUCACAGAGGCUUCAAUCUGCUCGACGAGAUGUGUCUCAGUCAUCAGCGGAGAGGUCAUCUUAUAUGGCCAGCUGCCAAUCUCGUCGAUCCAGCGAAAUACCCACAAUCUCUGAGCCAGAAUUCUACCAUGGAGAUCCGAUAUUCAAUCAUCAGAGACAGAGCCAGCUCAGAAAGCCCCCCUCCGCCUCCCAGAAGGAGGUGAACAGAAGAAGCCGAGUCAUCGCGGUGACGAGACAGGAGGAGCAUCUCCUUGAGGCAAUGAGACAGAGGAAGGGGAAGAUUACGCCCAGCAUCUUCCAGGAGAGCCGGUUCAACAGUACCUUGGAGCCUGACCAAAGUUCCAUGCUGUCUGUCCCUUCGCGGGAUUCGUUUUAUGGAUCAGACAUGUCCUUUUUACGCCUUAGCCCUGCUUUCCCUCCUAAAUCGGCCCAAGCCAGUGCGAACCGCAAUGAAAGGGAAGGUUCCGUAUGUCAAAGCACUUUUUCCGACGAGGAGCAGAGGACCAUCAACUCAUUCCCUUCUCCACGUGCUAGCUUGGCGUUCUCCGAGGGUCUUUCGUCUCCAUCGACCAGCGCUGCUUCUCCCUUAACACCAACGCUCCCCAUCCACCGCUUUUCGCCUAUACCGUCUCAAAAGCCACCACCUCGUCGGCCUAUUCCCGCUGUGCCACAAGACAAGAGGCGGCACUCGCGGCGGCGUACAGAUAGCAGCGAGGCAAUCGUCCUGGAAGAGUCCGAGGAGCCGAAGCAAAGGGAGGAGCUUCCCAUGUGGACAUUGCGGUGGAAUAACGACAACGGAACUAUGACGGCUGUACACUGA